AUGCGGGUCUACAAGUCGCCGCACGGGGACCUCGAUAUUCCAUCCCUGGAUAUCUUGUCGCUGUUGUUUGAUUCGGACUUAUGUCUGGCUCGUGAAGACACCCAGAUCCACGUCGAAGCAGCCAACCCGGCAAACAACAUCACAAAGGCAGAGGCUCGUAGACUGGUCCAGCGCGUGGCGUACCUUCUCCGGCACCGCUACAAUGUUGGCGCCUCCGGCUUCGGUCGCGAUGUCGUCUUCACAACGCUAUACGGAAGUCCUUUUGCGCCCGUCUUCUUCUACGGGCUCGUCGCGGCGGGAGGCGUCUACACGGGUGCCAGCACAGAAUACCGCGUGGCAGAACUGAUACGCCAGAUCGAGGACGCAAAGCCUACUCUACUAGUGUGCUCACCGGAGUGCGAAGCGAGGGUGGUACUCGCAGCGCAAAAAUGUGGUAUUGGAAGAGAAAGGGUCUUGAUCCUGGACAGCACAAUCCCCAAAGGCUGGAAGUUGAUCUCUGCCGCCGAUCGGUCUGAUCUCCUCGAGUUAAACGGGGACAAAAUGCUUGACUGGACACGUAUUACCGAACGCCGAACACUCGAACAAGUCACAACUUGUCUCUUAUACUCCUCCGGCACUACGGGGUUGCCCAAAGGCGUCCGGAUCUCCCAUCGGAGCCUCGUGGCAGACAAUAUAUGCACUAUGGACGUCGCUCGCCGCUACCGUGCCCACCGUAGACAAGAAGGACGAGAGUUUGUGAUGAACACCAUCGCACAUUUACCUAUGAAUAACAUUGCCGGAAUCUCUCUGUACUCGACCUGUCCCUUCUAUAUGGGCGGCACGACCUGGUGGAUGAAGAGCUACGAUUUUGACUCCUUUCUGGAAUACCAUCGACGAUACAGGCCGGCAUAUCAAUUCACGGUCCCGCCGGUCUGGCUACGAAUUGCAAAGAGCGACAAGGUUACAGACCACUUUGACGGGCUAGAAGUUGCGGUCACAGGAGCGGCACCUAUCGGGGAGAGUGUAAUACGGGACUUGAGAGAGAAAUUGGGCAGGGGACGAGCCUACGUCGCGCAAACCUGGGGCACUACCGAGACUUCCGGGGUCAUUGCCGCGACGGAUUGGCUCGACCAGAAGACGUGGAGUGUCGGCCAGCUGUGCCCAAACGUCGUUCUUCGCGUCGUCAACGACAACAACGAAGACGUGGCCGAAGGCGAGUCCGGUGAGCUCCUGGUGGGAGGCCCGAUCCUCUCUCAAGGUUACCAUAACCGGCCUGAGGAAAACCAGCAAACGUUUGUCGACGGGUUCUACCGGACGGGCGACAUUGGGAUAUACAAAGAUGGGCACGUCUAUAUCCACGAUCGCAAGAAAGAGUUGAUCAAAUACAAGGGCAGCCAAGUCACACCUGCAGAGUUGGAGGCGUUGCUCACGUCUCACCCGCUGAUUGCAGACGCCGCUGUUAUAGGAGUCUGGGACCACCAGCAACAGACCGAAGUGCCCCGGGGGUACGUGGUUCCCCGUCCAUCAUCCCAAGGCCAGACCAUCACUGCUCAAGAAGUGGCAGAGUUUGUCAAGGGCCGAGUGGCCAGCUACAAACAGCUACGAGGGGGUGUUUUCUUUGUCGACGAGAUACCCAAGAGUGCCUCGGGGAAGAUCCUCCGUAAGGAACUCCGUGCCGAAGCGAACAAGGCGAACACGGCGAUCCAGGCGAGAUUGUGA